UUUUUUUAAAGAUUUAUUUAUUUAUUUUAUGUAUAUGAGUACAUGUACAGCUGGCUGUGAGCCUCCAUAUGGUGGUUGGGAAUUGAAUUUUUAGGACCUCUGCUUGCUCUGGUUGCCCCACUUGCUCAGGUCAACUCUGCUUGCUCAGUCCCUGCUUGCUCUGGCCCAAAGAUUUAUUCAUUUUAUUAAGUACCACUGUAGCUGUCUUCAGACGCACCAGAAGAGGGUGUCGGCUCUCAUUAUGAGAUCUCAUUUUGGGUAGUUGUGAGCCACCAUGUGGUUGCUGGGAUUUGAACUCAGGACCUUUGGAAGAACAGUCAGUGCUCUUACCCGCUGAGCCAUUUCACAAGCCUCUGACUUUUGAAUUUCUGAUCCUCCUUCCUCCAUCUACCUUCCUGUCUUUAAGACCCUGUUUGGUUCCUCUAGACAACACCCAGUUAACACACUAGGGAAGCACUCCAACACCAAGACACACUGCCAAGCCUUUUAAAAAAUUCAAUAGAUUCAUAAUUCCAAAGAUACACCAGGUAGGAAGGGUGUGUGACACGAGAUUGCGACAAUCCAUCUCGUGUUAAACUUCACUUCCCACUAGCAUUGCCACUAGCUGUCCUCGUGAUGUGAAGGCUGCCAUCGUCCCAGGAAGCUAACACUACACUGGAACUGGAAAAGGGGAUCUUACGGUCUCUGCUCCAAGCAGCUUCUCUACUUCCCACUGGUUCAAACCAGUUCACAGGCCCACUGCUAGACAAUCACUGCCAAAGAACUGGCUCUAAUUUAAUUCGUCAAUAAAGCAUGGGGGUCUGGGAGCUUUGGUAGAGAACAGUUCAGAACUUUGCGGUGGGCCCUGGAGGGAGGGAGGAGAGGGAGAGCCUAUUCAAGCUGCAGCAGGAACCCUGGCAUAGCUUCUGAGAAGUCAAGUGUGUAGUUUUCCGUAAAGCCAGGCCGAGAGCCACUCCGUAUCCCCGACGCCUGUGGCUGUCCCUGCCCCAGGUCACGGUGUUCCUGUGUAUGCUCUCGACCCGCCAGCAAAAUCACAGCAGGACUCUGCCCACUAGGCCAGGUUGAGAAUUCGAGUUCUCUUGUACCAUAGAGCAAAACUGAUAGCUGUCAGACUGCAACUCCCAAAGACAACGCCCAGCGCAGCCUCAGGCGUGCCGAUUGGUCCGUGGAUCUACUUAUCAGGACUCAGUAACCAAUCACAAGGAAGGAGAGGAGGGCGUGCCUCCCGCGGACCAAGGGUUGCCGAAGGGUGGCAAAUCCUAAACAAACGCCCUUUGGGACUGACUUUGUGAACCGAGAAUCGACAAGCCACUCACGGCUUGGGCUUGCGAGGCAUCGACCUGUGGCUGCUGGAAGAAUUACCCGCACUUCAGGCCGUAGGAGAUUCGGGUUUCGGCUACUCCUGCCUGCAGCCCCUCUGCGAGGGCAGUCAGUGGAGUCUAGGCUACGCCCCACGCCUCCUCAUUGGCUUCUCCAGACACGUGGUCGAGUGGUUCCCGCCUCCGAGUGGCCUGAGAGGCGGUACGUGAAGCCGCAUGGACAGCCUGGCGUCGGGCCGCUGGAGACGGCGGAGGACGGAGGAGCUGCCAGCGGCAGGGGACGCGCUUCCUGCUCCCAACGCCAUCCAUUUGCUGCACCAUCAUGAUCUCGAAACCUCUGCAACUAAACGGGCGUGCAGGAGGUCAGAACCAGGUGGAUAUGAGUGCAGCGGCCACAUGCUAACCACCUGUGCCCUGCUGUCCUGGAGCACAGAGGACCAGGAGCCCAGGCCACGAGGCCUGCCUGCAUCACAACCAGACUGUAGCCAGGAGAGGCUGAGCUCAAUGGUUCUGCAGAACGGUGGAAGGAGUUCGGCCCAGCCUUGCCUGAGGUGUAUCUCGGGGGAGUCUGUAGUGCAGUGCCUGGCCAGCCGUCAUCCUCAGGCAGCUGGUUCUCCCAGUUACUGCCGAGCGGCCCUGAGAGGCCUUCAGAAGCAUGGAGAGGGCCCCUGGUGGGAACCGCUACGAUCCUGGGGUGCUUCCAGACAUCCACAGGACCAUCAAGCCACACUGCGUGUGUUUCGAAUCCUGAUUUGGGCCAUUUUAAUCAUACCGACAAUCAUUAGAAGAUGCAAAUGGGGCUGGUGAGAUGGCUCAGCGGUUAAGAGCGCAGACUGUUCUUCCUAAGGUCCUGAGUUCAAAUACCAGCAACCACAUGGAGGCUCACAACCAUCUGUAAUGAGAUCUGACACCCUCUUCUGGAGUGCCUGGAGACAGCUACAAUGUACUUACGUACAAUAAAUAGAUAAAUAUUAAAAAUAAAAUAAAAUAAAAAAAUAAAAAAGAAGAUGCAAAUGGGACGAAGGAGGAUGCCAGUUGAAUUUGAAUCCUCACUUGAUGGCCAGUGCAUAUCCCUUACAGCUUGCCUGGGUGCCCACCUGUCCAAAUGACAGUCAGGGCUCCCUGCAGAGGUUUUCUGCCUCUUAGGUAAUCCCACUGUCCUCUGCAGAAGGCCAGGGACAUCCUGAGUGGGAUGGCUCAUUGCAGCCUCUUUUGUAAUGUCUUCUGCUGGACAGGAAAUUAUCUAGAAGUCAGAACGUUCUGUACCAAACUGCCUGGAGGUUCUGGAUCCUCGCAGCUCUCGUAGUCAUUGGGCGCAGCCGGAGAUCUCCCUGCCUGUGGACUAUGGGUUGCUUCUGGACGUUGCUGGGCUGCUCAGUGCUCUUUUUAAUUAAAAGACUUAUUUUUGUAUUUUAAAUGCUUUAUGAUCUUGAUGUGAAUUUUAUUAAAUGUUGAUGUCCAAUCAAGCUAUGUAAUUCUCCAGCUGAAGUUAUCAGGGACAGAACCCCAUUUAUAUUAAAAUGGAAAUUGUGGACA